AUGGCGCACAACGGCAAGGCACUCACAGGGCGCUACAAUGCCACGCCCACCUAUGGCUUCGACAACGAGCAGAACUACUGCCUGUUGCCGUCUCCAAUGCCCCCUCCACCAUACGCCUUGGCACGCGUGAGCAGCACACGCAACUUCGAGCUCGAGAACCACACACCGCCGGCAUGUCCCGGCUCUGGACCCAUUGCCAUGACGAACGGCACCAUCCAGUUGCGCCUCCGCGAUGGCGUGCGUCGCUAUGCCAAGAUGUGGUACAAGGGUGUGAGCUUCACCAGCGAGGCGUGCGCUCUCAUCUACCUGGUGGACACAGCCGGGACGCGCACCACAACCGACACUUUCACCGAUCUGACCAAGGACUACACCCUGGCAGUGUUCUAUGACGACUCGCGCCAUGGUCCCUCUUAUAUGGCUGAAGCCCAUGACGUGAUUGCCAAUUCAGCUUACACCUGUACCGAGGAUGGCACUGAGAUCUAUGACAUAAACGGAUUUCGCAUCACCCAGGCAGCCGAUGGCCUGGUGAAGGUCUUUCGUGUGGACAACAAGUGCUUGAUUCGCACCAGUCCCGGCAAUGGAUCGGCCACUUUGACCACACCUGGCAUCCAUUGCACUGCCUCUCUGGGCAAGACCUCGCAUCUGUUUGUUCGAAAGGGCGAGAAGAAAAAAGUUGCCAAAUCAAAAUGGUCGAAGUCCGUUGAGCCCAAGGUCAGCACCAAGGAGGCACAGUGCCAGUCAUCGGACUGCGAGACUUCCCAGCAGGAGCCGGUCUCGCAAGUAAGCAGCCCGAAGGGCGCCCGUGUGGGGAUCUUCAAUGCCGAGGACUUCUUGUCGCGUGCUCAGAUGAACGACAAAAUCAACAUCUUGAGCGCCAGCGCUCCGUCUACACCAACAACCCAUCGCCGGUAA